AUGAUGCCUGCACUGAGGCCGGCCAGCAUGCGAGACAUCCAGACGUUCUCGGAGUUCCUGCGGCUGAGUCCGGCAAUCCAGGAGGCCUCCAUGAAGAUGUCAGCUGAGGAGCUGACCGCCUUGUGCGAGACGGCGGCCCGUCUGAAGUUCUUCGAUGGCGAGUUGUUCGAGGCGGUCUUCGUGCACAUCAGGUGCCGCAUCCGCUGGGGUCAGUUCGACAUACACCAGGUGACGGCGGUGGCCCAGCACCUUGUGGACUUGAAUGCAAUUGACCCGGACGUCUUCCGCGAUGCCAUCUGCUGA